AGACUGCAGGCGCUACAACAAGCACACAGGCGCUAGGCAGGCUCGCCCUCAAAUAAAUUUACAUGAUGCAUGAUGUUAAUCCGGAAAAGAGUUGUUCUGCUGCUUGUCGUCAUAGCUAUGGGUGUGAUUGCCCUGUUGGUGAGCUCUCAAGUGCACCUGGUGCUUGGUAAGAAAGUGAAGUGGUUAGAGAAUGAGAAUCAAUUUCUCAUCAAAGAGCUGCAACAGUUUACCACAAGUAGUCAGCAACAGAACAUUCACCGUCAAAGAAAGUUGUACAAGUUGAGUGAAGAACAGUUCUCAAUGACUAGAUCUAGUCACUGUGAAACAAUUCAUAUUGCUAUUGUAGCUGUAGGCUACUCCACAAUUAGGAGCGUGGUCAUUCUGGUGAAAUCAAUCCUCUUCUACAGACACAAUGCCCUUCAUUUUCAUUUUGUUUCUGAUGAUAGUGGCAAGUAUGUUUUACAAACUCUAUUUGAAACAUGGAAACUUCCGGCUGUUGAUACUUCCUUUUACGCAGCAGCUAUGGCACAGGAGAAAGUCGCUUGGAUACCAAAUUCACACUACUCUGGAGUGUUUGGGCUCAUGAAACUUACUAUACCUUCACUGUUACCAUUGUCGGUCCAAAAGGUAAUUGUCCUCGACACGGACUUGAUGCUGACAUCUGAUAUACUGUCACUGUGGAGAUAUUUCGAGGUAAUAUUAGCUGAAGUUAAAUUGUUGGGGCUGGUUGAAAAUCAGAGUGAUUGGUACUUCGGCAAUCUGUGGGAGGGACAUAAACCGUGGCCAGCUCUUGGAAGGGGCUUCAACACUGGCGUCAUGCUGUUCAACCUCAAGCAAAUGAGAGCCCACAAUUGGAAUGGCUUGUGGAACACUGUAACAACCAAAACAUUAAUGGAGUAUGAAUUGACUGCCCUUGCUGACCAAGACAUUAUAAACGCAAUCAUACUGGAAGGGCAGAACCUUCACUACGUUUUACCGUGUUUCUGGAAUGCUCAGUUAAGCGAGCAUAGUUUAAGUGAUAACUGUUUCAAUAAUGUUAAUGAGUUUAAACUAGUGCACUGGAACUCGCCUCUCAAGCAAGCAGUCAAGAACAAGUACAGUUCAUACUUCGAGAGUGUGUAUGAGAUGAUAAAGAACCAAAAUGGCUAUCAGUAUAGAGAGGUUCUAUUGAAUUGUGAUCAAAAGUCAGAACAGAUGAAGCCAGUUGCUGCCAGUACAGAUCCAUGCAUUGCGUUCAGAAGUGCCAAUAAAUCACUACUUAGAAUCCAUCCAUUUAUUGUAGGCUACGAAUAUGAACGUAGAGUACAUGAUGUGACACUGGUGACUCAGAUGUCAAUGGACAGACUGCAUAUGCUAGCACCACUGUAUGCACACUGGAAUGGACCUAUCAGUAUCGCUGUGUAUGCUACUGACUCCCAAGUACAAGAAGUAACUGAACAUAUCUCCAGAGUUCUUGUAAACAAUUCAAAACGUCUAGCUCUGCACGUUGUAUUCAAGACAAAUUCACAACUUUAUCCUAUCAACUAUCUACGAAAUGUUGCUCUGAGCAAAGUAGAGACAUCCUAUGUCUUUUUGAGUGACAUUGACUUCAUACCAAUGGACGGAGCUUAUGAGUAUUUGUUGGAGGCAAUUAAAAUUCUUGAAAAGCCGAAACGAUUGUUUGUCAUCCCAGCCUUUGAAACUCAUCUGUAUAGAUUCACUUAUCCUACGAAUAAAAAUGAAGUACUAAAUUUGCUUCAAAAUGGAAGUGUGUCUACAUUCAGGUCACAUGAAUGGAAAAGAGGUCAUGCCCCUACCAAUUACAAGCAUUGGGCAAAAACAGGGACCCCCUACAAAAUCAAAUGGGUAGAUGAUUAUGAGCCGUACGUUGUAGUUCAAUCAAAUGUUACCAAAUACGAUGAACGAUUCGCAGGGUUUGGAUGGAAUAAGGUGUCGCACAUGAUGGAACUGAAUGCACAGGGGUACGAGUUUGUGGUGUUGCCUUCCGUAUUUAUGAUUCACAUGCCUCAUUCUCCAUCUCCUGAUAUCAAUCUCUUCAGGAAGAGCAAGCUCUAUAGAGACUGUGUUCAAGUAAUCAAGACCGAAUUUAAACAAGAGAUUGAUAGACAGAACACUGGUGGAUGUAAAGAAUGCAAUCUCUAGACUCUGUUUGUAUAUCCGGUUAUGCUGACUCAUACGACUUUAUGUUAUGUAAAUUGUACCAUACACAUGAACCAUGGCGUGAUUGGCAUUGAGGUUGUACUAAAUGUC